GCGUGUGUGUGUCUUGGCUCCUCUGGUCUUCUGACUAUUUGUGGCUUCCCCUCAGUUUUGCUCUUACACAGUUUUUGAGUUUCCUUUCCUUCUUUCUUUUUUGUUACUGAGAAUAAAUAGAACCAACCCCCAAAAGCAAAAAGAGAAGAGCAAGAACAAUGUCACACCCCAUUCCCACUCUGCUUUGUUUCUCCAUUCUCAGAAACAAAGAUUGAGUUUUGAGUCCGACCCAGAAUCCAGAACCGAAAACCCAGAAAGAGGAACCGACCCAAUGGCGAAGACCGGCGUGUUUGAUUCUGAUCCGGCGGUGGUGGCCAAGGCAACAGAGUUGAAGAAGGAGUUGCUGAGACUGGUGAGGUCUAUUGUGGACGAUGAGGGUUGCAGCACGGAGACAAUUGAUCAGGCGAAAGAGACUCUUGGUGCUCUCAAGGAAUUGGAGCUGAAGAAGAGAUCACUGUCUUUUAAGCUUAAGGACAUUUUGGCUUGCCCUGAGGAAUUUAAGUGCCCAAUUUCCAAGGAGUUGAUGAGAGACCCUGUGAUUGUUUCUACAGGACAGACGUAUGAUAGACCAUUCAUCCAGAAGCAGCUGAAAUCAGGCAACAGGAUAUGCCCUCAAACCCAACAAGUACUUUCACACACAAUUCUUACUCCUAAUAACUUGGUUCAUGGAAUGAUAUUGCAAUGGUGUAAAGAUCGAGGGAUUCAGUUAUCGGAUCCUGCUCUCCUUGCCAAUGAGGAUGGGAUAACAGCAUCAGACAGAGACCAUUUGCUUUCUUUGCUCCAGAAGAUGUCUUCCGCAUUGCCUGAACAGAAAGAAGCUGCAAAGGAGCUUCGGUUGUUGACAAAGAGGAUCCCUUCUUUCCGGGCACUUUUUGGCGAGUCUCUAGAUGCCAUCCCUCAGUUGCUCAGUCCACUCUCCGAAGGCAAGUUUGAAGGUGGUAUUCACUCGGAGCUCCAAGAAGAUGUGAUCACGACGCUAUUGAAUCUUUCAAUCCAUGACAACAACAAGAAGCUCGUUGCAGAAACUCCGAUGGUAAUGCCACUACUAAUUGAAGCAUUGCAAUCAGGAACAAUUCAGACAAGGAGUAAUGCAGCUGCAGCACUUUUCACUUUGUCUGCUCUUGAUUCCAACAAGGCACUCAUUGGAGAAUCCGGUGCCCUGAAACCACUCAUUGACCUCCUUGAAGAGGGGCAUCCAUUAGCAAUGAAAGAUGUAGCUUCUGCGAUUUUUAAUCUAUGUGUCACACAUGAGAACAAGGCAAGAGCUGUGAGAGUUGGUGCAGUGAAGACAAUCCUCAUGAAGCUAACAAACCGUAUGCACGUGGAUGAGUUGUUGACCAUCCUUGCAUUACUCUCAAGCCAUCCCAAGGCUGUGGAGGAAAUGGGUGAUCUUGGUGCUGUUCCUUGCUUGUUAAGCAUCAUGAGGGACGCCAUAUGUGACCGCAGCAAGGAGAACUGCAUCGCUGUCCUUCACAUUAUCUGUUUCAAUGAUCCAACCAAGUGGAAGGAAAUGAGGGAAGAGGAGAAGAACUACAGAACAAUAUCUGAGCUUGCCAAGAAUGGAACUUCAAGGGCUAAGAGGAAAGCAAGUGGCAUCCUAGACAGACUGAACAGAGGCGUAAAUUUGACACAUACUGCUUGAUGGGGGAUCACUUUUUUCACUGUUACAGUGUUACAGAACAGCAUAGUUGUAUAUUCUUCACCUAGUUCCAUAUCCCUGGUUGGUUGUACAGUACUCGGGCAACUCGGGCAUCAUUGUGUAAUCUUUCUCCAUCCCCCAUUUUGUAUGUUCUCUUCCUCUUUAAGAUUUUUCAGUGUCAAGUUCAGAAGCUAGUCAUGAAGAAAUAAAAGAGCAAGCUUUAUAUGUACAUAUUUACCAAAA